UUUCAAAAUGAGUGCUAAUAGCAACCCUGAAAGUGCAAAAGAAUCUGACUCUAACCCAGAGAGUGAAGAUGCAUAUGAACUCCUUGGUCUUGAGAGAGAAGACCUUGAAAAAGCAGCCCUAUUGUAUGAAAAUGUUAGGGCUCAGAGCAGAAAUAAAAAGAAAAAUAAUGAUAAAUAAAUUAGCUGAUGAUUUUGUCAAAUUCCUUGAAGAGGUAACUCUAUCAACAAUUGUUCUCUAUUAUUCUCUAGAAAAUGCAAGAGCUGUCAAAAAUUAUUUUGAAUCCCAAUAUCCCAAAGCACAUAAAAUAGUGUUCAUAUCCUGAACCUGAGAUUUGAGACAUUUGGGCUAUGUUUCUCAAAAAUGAAUGAACAAGUUCUGGAAGAAGAUAACUCAUUAGGAAAAAUAUACACAGUUUUAUUCAAAAACAUAAAGCACAUCUACGAAGACUCCAUCGGUCUAAUAAAAGUUCUCAGAUCUAUAAAUGAUGAGAAGAAGAUCAAGGCAGAGUUAGUCACAAAGGAAUUCGAGAUUAUGCAGACUUUAGAAGCAGCUGAAAAGAUUGAAAAUGAACUCCAGACUUGUAAAGACCAACUUGAGAUAGUCCGCCAAGAAAGAGACCAGUAUAAAUCAGAACUGGAUGAGCUAAAUAAUCAAGUUUUACAACAGAAAAUCCAAAUUCAUGAAGUUCAAGAGCAACUCCAAAUCUGAGAAAAUAAGCCAAAAAUAAUACAGAAUGUUUCGAACCAAGAAGAGAUUCAAGCUCUUGAGCAAGAGAUCGAUGAGCUUAAAAAUGAAAAUGACACUAUGAUGAAGAUCUUGAUUAAAAGAUCAAAGAAAGAUGUUCUCUCUCAGAGCAAGGAAUACCACACAAGAGAAGCUAGGCAUUAUGAUACAUCCCAGAAGCAGUUACUCUUCACUAGUGAACACCUUUACGAAUCUAAAGAGUAUACAUCGAAAUCUUUAUUUAUCCAGCCAGUAGGACAUCAUACUCCUUUGGGGAAGACUCGGGAGAAGAUUUUGACUCUGAACCACACUAAAGAGAUCAUCAAAGAAUUGUAUCAGUCAAAGAAGAAAUAUGAUGAGCUAUGUAAGGAACAUAAGGCUCCCAUUGAGACUAUGGAGCAGUACCUUUAUUCUUACUUGAAUAAUAAAUACGGACUAAAACCCUUGAUAAUCGAAUGGACAGUAGGAAUAGUCAAUGCUAUCAAAUUGUUCAAAGAUGAAGACCAUGAUGUCUACCUAUUCGCGAAGAUACUUAAGAACAGAUGUGAGGAAGACUUUGUUGAAUCCCAACAACAAGUCAGAGAUACUCUUAAUGCAAUUUUGAAGAUGUGGGCUCGGGAGAAAUAUAUCUAUAAGCCUGACUACCAGAUUGACCUUUUGCUGCCAGAGCUGAAGACUUGUGCUUAUAGCUUAGAAUUUUACAUCAAGGUGCUGGAAAAGUUGUACCCAGAGGAGAGAGACAGAGUUUAUGUUGAAAUGCAUCUUGAAGACCACCUUCAAAGACAAAAAACAAGGAUUGCUAAUAAUACCACAUUUGCAUACUGAUCCACUGUAAACAUGACUGCAAAUAGAAAAGGAGCUGUUAAAAAUGAGAUUUUAUUUACUGUAUUUGAGAAAAUAGUGCUUGACUACCAACUUAAUGAGCAUUGCAAAUUUUUAGAUAAAUUCAAUGAGCUGUUUGACCAAAUCGACACUGAUACAAAUGGAAUAAUCUCAAGACAACAAUUUGUGGACCUAUUAUAUCAAAUGGAUAUUAUUGAUUAUUCUAACCUCAAUGACACCGAAGGAGGAUCUUCAGAAGAAGCUCUACAUUUACUCAACUCAAUAGAUCCUUAUGAGACAGACCAGAUAAUCCUUUCAGAAAUAAUAAAACUUCUGACCGUUCAUACAGCUAAGAUUAGGAGCUCCGACUCUGAAUCUGGAAUGGAACAAGUCAGUGUUCUCGAAAAAUUUGUCACUAAGGCUCUUGAGCAAGAAGAUUUGCAAAAAUAAGGUCAUGCAGAAAUUACAAGAAAGGAUGAUAGAAGAGUCCAAAAAUGAGGAGCCUCCAGCCCCUCUUUCCAAAGAAGAAAGUGAGAAGUUACUCCCUGUGAAGAGUAUUUCUAAAGAUAUAAACUUGGAUGUGAAUGAAUAUGUGCCACCACAGUUUGAAAAUCUAGAAAAUCAUGCCUUAGAGGAUAUCAAGCAAGAAUAUGAUAACAUUGAUCAAUACAAUGCUAAUAGAGAGGGUGAAGGCCAUGCAGUUUCAGAGAAUUCUGAUGAAAUUACUAAAGAUCCUAAUCUUCUUCCCAGAGAGCUCGACCCAGUUGAAGAAGAGGAGAAAGAAGAAAACUCUCAAAAGAUGAGUGCCACUGAGAGCCAAAAUGAGCUUGAACCUGACCAUAUUCCUCAGCAUGACCAAAGCGAAGAGCCUGUCUUAGAAGCAGAGGGGGAAGAAACAGUUAAAGAAUAAUAGUUCAAUAAUGAAAA